GUUUACACAUUUUCCAGUCUAAUUUUAACCGCCGAUCCGUACGGACGAUGGACACUAUCGCUACAGUGCAGAGCGCGCACACUUGCCUUACGCUUCGUGGAUCGGUUUAUUGAACCUUAUUAACGAUCGAUGCCAGUGCUAGACCCGAGCUACUAGUGUACGAAGGAAUAGUAGAUAAAAUGGCUCACCAAUAGUUGCAAAAUGGCCGAUGGAGGAUGUGUCUGUGUGUAACUUAAAUCGACCGUUUUAUUCUUAAGUGCCACCAGUGGAAGUGACAUUGUGACGGGAGAAGCACAAAUAGCUUUUUUCCAUUUAUCAACCGACUAGCAAAAAAAAAACCUAAAAAGUUUGACAACUCGAUCACCGAUAACAGGCAGACAGGAAUGAUCGACAAUCAAACGGAAGCCCUGUACAAUUGCAAUCACAGAUGUAGGUCGGAAGCGUUGCCAAACCCUUAAAUAAGCGAGCAACAGUACAAUUCCGUGUAGCAAUUACCACGAACAGAAAAAGUAUCUUCAUUCGAUCUGUUUGUAUCACAGUGGAGAAAAAACGGGCCAUCGCUUCCAUAACAAAACUCGCACUCUUAUCGCACAUUGGUAAGGGUUUCAGCCUUAGAACACACGCAAAAACAUCCCCCUGAGCGUGACUGCAUAGUUCCGAACAGCAUGGGCGAAGAAGCGUUACAGUGAACCACAGCUUCCAGUUAAGCCGGUAACGUUCUAUACCGGAGAAUUUCCACGCUGAAAGAUGUAUAACCUGCGAAUGGAAACGUUUCAUCGAGUGCGGUCAUGAAGUGGAUGCCCACGUACGCCAAGCUGCAUCCCAGUGCAGUGUUUUUCGUGCUACUACUACUGACCUGCACGCUACACCAUUCGUUUACCGUCGAUAGCCGACCGUCGGCCGAUGUUGAAAUACCCAAGCUGCAACAAUGUUCGGCCGGAGCGGACACACGGCUUAGGUGCGGUAUUAAGGAGCACCAUGCGGAUCAUAUGAAUUCCUCCGACGUGCAGUGGUACUUUAAGCCGUGUGGUGGUGGCUUUCAACACAUGACAUGCAGUAACCGUGCCAUCCUGGACACGCUCGAGUGGCAUCCGCUGGAGUGCGAUAAUAAACCAUGCAGGGUCACGCUGGCGAUACACAACGUUUCGGAAACGGAUGCCGGACUUUACCGGUGCACGAUACAUCCCUACCGGACGGACAACCAUACGCAGCUAGACAUACAGCUCGUGCGAACGUUCGAACUAGUGGUGACAAAAUGGCCGCUCGAUGAGUCAAUACCGGCACCGGAACUGUUGGACAAUCUGCCCGCCAACACGACGGCUAUUAUUGACACGCAAAUCGUACUACAGUGUCGGGUACACAGCAAGGUGCCACCCACCAUUAAGUGGUUCCGGCGUAUCAACAAACCGCUCGGGGAGCACAACUUCAAUCAGAACAAAUCGAUCCGCUAUUUGGAGAACUCAUACGAGCUGCUACCGUCCGCCGGUGAAAAGCUUCUGUCGUACGAUAUCUAUCUGAGCAAGUUGAUCCUGUACAAUGCGUCCGAGCGCGACAUCGGCAUAUACGUGUGCGUCGGCAUUAAUUAUGUCGGUGUCAGCAUGGCCGAUGCGUACGUCAAUCUUGUGCAUCCCAACGGGACGCCAGUACAGGAGACAGGCGGUGGAUACGUCGGGCUUAUGGUUUUGUUUCUAAUACCAAUUGCAUUGGCGAUUGUUCCACUGCUAGGCUGGGUAAUGUUGAAUGUAUUACGUGCAAGGCAUCAAUCCGAGGCAAAGUCACUGGUGCAGCUUCCCGCUGCCGCUCACGUUUGCGAACCAAACCUGCAACGGAAUUAUGGAAGGAAAUGUAUGGACCCACAUGAGCAUUUGUAUGAGAAGGUUGAUAUGCUGUGAAUCGCUGUUAGCCUACGAUAUGUACAUAAUUAAUAUUAGCGAUUUAAAUAUUUGUACACAAUUGAUUAGGAUUUCUGUUAUUUUG